UUUUUGGCCUACCUUAUUAGACAGUGGCUACAAAUAGAGGAGAAAAUUAGCCGCUGGUGUAGGCCAGCUGUGCCUGAAGACGACAGAGGCAUGUUGACCAGUAACUACAUCGUAUCCUGUCACAACCAUUUGAAGACGGUCUACUUCUCAAGAAGAAAGGUCAACCGUAUUGAUCAGUUAGUUUUCAUUUUGGCCAACGAUGUGAAGUUCUACUUCACCGAGGAAAGAGAAUGA